GAUAAAAAUGGCUGUAUUGUAAUGUAAAUGUUAAUCAGCAGCAUCAGAUUAUAGACUUAGAAUCUAGAUCUAGAUCUAUAUAGUUUUAGCUCUAGAUUCUAAAUAUAGAUAUAUUACUGUUUGCGGAUCAUGCCUAGAUCUAUAUGCAUGAUCUAGUGGACUAGUCUAAUUCUGUACUACAGAAUUAAAUGAUGUGAUCCACAAGGGAGCUUCACUGAUCAACAGAUUUCCAAUAUCCAUUCAAGUCUUCUUACCCCUGAACAAUGUGUGCUCCUAAAUUAAGAUGUAGUGCUGCUUUAGUUGUAAGGUCACUACACACUCUGAUAGUUCUUGGUGUGCCAGCCACAUUACUCUUCAAACAUUCCUUGUUGUAUCAGACAUUGUUAGGUGGACAGCAGCUUGUGCUUGGAGCUGUCUACAUAGCUAUGUGGCUGUGGUCACUCACAAUGUAUUACCUGACUUGUCUAACCAAUCCUGGAUACAUUGCAGUCACCAAGGAGAACAAGGCUUCAUCUCUCCAGCUUCAGAUGAAGCAGUGCAUCAGCAGUGAUGAGGAGUAUGACUUGAAGGUGGCACAGAACAACAAUGUUGAUAAUGACAGCAGUGAUGAGAAUGGGCAUAUGUUGCCUGCUGAUGUCAGUUCUGGCUUCAAGUACCGGGUUUGUGACUAUUGUGAGAUAAUACAACCAAUGAGGGCCAAGCACUGUGAAGACUGCAACAAAUGUGUGCGCAAGUUUGACCACCACUGCCCUUGGCUGGAGGCAUGUGUUGGGGAGAGAAAUCAUCGUUACUUUUGGUUAUUCCUGCUGUCCACUUUUGUACUGAUCACUUGUACAUUUUAUAUCACUUGGAAUACUUUUGAAUACAGAAUAUUCUGGUCAGAUUGGAUUGAAGUCAAUGCCAUACUAUUUAUAGAUAUCUUCAUUUUAUUCAUUGGUGGUCUUGUGGUGAUGGGGCUUCUAGGGUUCCAUAGUUACCUCAUGUUUAAGGGUCUGACUACUUGGGAAGCAGCUUCAAGGGAGAGAAUCACCUACCUCAAGUAUUUGGAUGAAGAUUAUAACCCAUUCAAUGAGGGUCUGUGUAGAAACCUUUACCACUUCCUCUUUGCCUGCCACCUGCGCAAGUGGGAGAAGGUGUACGCUCGCAAGGCACAGGGGCAGAAUGGAAUUGUGUGACAUACUUCCAGCUGGGCUUAGCACAGGGGCUGAAUGGAAUUGUGUGACAUACGCUCGCAAGGCACAGGGGCUGAAUGGAAUUGUGUGACAUACUUCCAGCUGGGCUUAGCACAGGGGCUGAAUGGAAUUUUGUGACAUACUUCCAGCUGGGCUUAGCACAGGGUUGCUCACUUUCAUUUCCUUGCCAAGUAGUUGUCCAGCAUUACAGUGAACACAUUUUUCUUCUUCGAUAGGAUCAACUAAUGUUAUUAUUCUCCCCCCCCCCCCCCCCCUCCCCCCAAAACAUAAAACUGUCUGCUCCUUGUGGUUGAGAAAUGCUGUUGACUCAUCAUGGUUGUGCUCAAAACUUUCUGGACAGGUUUCUGAACUUAAAGACCUAAAGUAUUACCUGUUCUUUGAUGUUGUUAGUUGUAAAACCAUUGUUUAUUGUAGAACUGUCAGGAACAAGAGCAAAAAGUCCAGAAUUUUAAUAUACAAUAUUUUUUGUUUGUUUUGUUUUUGUCAACCCUUGAGUAGUUGUUGUUGUUUGUUAUUUUAAACUAAUAGAACAGUGUGUCAUUUCAAAAAUAUUUGUAGGAAACUGAGAGGGAAGUGAAAGCCAUUUUAGGUUUUUCUGUGGUUUUAAUUGUGAUGACUCAAAUAGGGACAUGUAGAUCUUUGUUGUUUUUUUUUCUGAAAUCCCAAAUAUAUAUAUAUUUUCCUUUUUUCAAAAUUGUGUUUUCAAAUUUUAAUCAUCAUUCUUGCCAUAUUUUUUUGCACACUUUAACAGCAAUCUGGGAAGGAAGGGGUGUUUUUCAUAUUGCUUUGUGUCACUUUUUUUUUUUUAUUCUUUAACUUGCUAUCUGCACAUUGAUAUUUAGUAUUAGAUAUACUUCGUAUAUAACAUGGCUCGCUCCGCGAGCCAUGUUGUACUCAGUAUAUCUAAUACUAAAUAUCAAUGUGCAUCCACCAGGUUUCGAACCUGUGACCUGUUGGUUGGCAAUCCAGCCUCCUCGUACAUAGACCAGGCCUGCUUGCUUCUUAAGUAGUCAUCUGAAUUCAUGUAUAGCUUUCAAAUCAUUUGGGAUUUUCCCCCAAUCAGUGUGAUGUCUAUUAAUAACUGGUGGAGAACAGGAUUUGAUUUACUAAGCUUUACGUUGCGCUCUACUCCUUCUUAUAACACUACUAACACUACUUACUACUCCUGCUUGCUUCUUAAGUAGUCAUCUGAAUUCUUGUAUAGCUUUCAAAUCAUUUGGGAUUUUCCCCCAAUCAGUGUGAUGUCUAUUAAUAGCUGGUGGAUACUACUACUACCUGCUUCUUGUACUUGGUUCUACUUUUUACAAUUAGUUAUCUGUUUUUUUUGAAGACCAACCAUAGAAAAGAUCUUUCUCUUGAUAUGUUUCUACAAAAUGUAAUGUGAAGGGAGAUAAGGUUGUGGAGUGAGCCUGCUGGGGAUCUGUGUGUAGAGAUCUACUUAGGCAUUUAAUACAUUCAGAUAGCCUGAACAUGGUCAGUGCUUGCAACAAGGAAUACUUAGCCUGAACAUGGUCAGUGCUUGCAACAAGGAAUACUUAGCCUGAACAUGGUCAGUGCUUGCAACAAGGAAUACUUCACAAGUUCUAACUGAAAUUCAGUAAACCUUUUUAUUUGUAACCAAUCCUACACAAAUAUAUAUUGUAUCUAAUUAUUUGUCUCCAACCCACUGUGAAGUAUGUAGCUUCUAACCAGGUGAUAAUAUGUUUUCAAAGACUGUGUUUAGGUUUUUCAGUUUGAGGAAGUCAGUUCUAUUCAUGCUAGUUUUUUGUUCUCCUGUGUUGAAUAAAACUAGAGAGGAUUUUUCCCUAAAGAGAAGAAAUCAACUCUUAUGAUAUGUUGUGAUGUUGCUAGUUCAGGCUGUCUUGAAGUCAACCAAUUACUCUGCAAUCGUUUGGGUGUAAUUGUUCGGGUGUAUUACGUGUAGUUGACCAACAACACAAACAAGAACUGGCACAUCGAUUGUAACAGGUGAAGAGAUGUAGUCAACGAUGAUGAACAAGUUAAUAUAUAUUUAUUAUGAUAAAAGGCCACAGUAGAAGUCUCUGUCACUAAACACGUCGUUACCCUGGAUUGUUCUAUCGCUAACUGAUUUUCCGGUCUCUAACCCAACAUAUCCCAAACGUCACUAGUCCCGUUCAAUAUGCGUCUACUAUGGUGCGUCGCUAAAUAACUAAAAUAACUAACCUAUAUAAAUAAGGUGUCUAACAGAUUCCUCCCCCCCUUGAAAAAAAAAUAUGUCAAUAUUUUUCCACUACUGUCAAGUCUUACAAGGGCAUUUUCAAUUUAAGGGGAAGACCACAAACAUAAAAUCUUGAUCUCUUCAUCUUGACAUCUUCAUCUUGACAGUUCCUCAUAUUCAUGUCAAUGUUCAUAACAGUUCAUAACAUUCCAGAAUCAUCUUCAUUGGUAUACAGUUCAUCAUAGAGGAAAAUGUGGCAUCUUAUGGGCAUGUCCUACACAUCUCAAAUGUUCUUCACUGGCAGUAAUCUGAUAAAAUACAAUAUUUCAAAAAACAAUUACAAACUUUAUUUACACAUUCAAUACAUUUUUUUCUUACCACCCUUUUAUACGCUUUUGUCCAUUUUUCUUUUAUACUCACCCUUUUCCAUAGAACUAACUUUCGUCAAUGAUAUAUGAAAUGAUUCACACAAAAAAAAUAUCCAUACUUACUUUUAAAUGCUUAACAUCAACUUUACUUAUCUCCCUUUUCAUAACAUAUAAAUGGUGUCAAUAUAUUAAUAUAUAUUACAUAAUCAAUAUAAUCAUAGUUUAUUUACAAAACUGUUUCACUUCAAUGUCAUUCUAGACAAUAAAUCAGCUACAAUAUUCACAGCUCCACUAAUAGCUUUCACUUCAAAUUUAUACUCCUGUAGUGCUAAGAACCAUCUAUAAACACGACUGUUUUUCAUGCUCUUUUGCUGUAUAUACUGAAUAGGUUUAUGAUCAGUUAAUAAUAUGAAUUUCCUUCCUAUUAAAUAGCUCUCUAGCUUAGUAAUUACCCAUAUUACAGCUAAGGCUUCUCUUUCAAUGACACUAUAUUUUUUCUCUGCCUCUGACAAUUUUCUGCUUACAUAUAAUAUAGGAUGUAAGUUAUCAUAGUUCUGCAUUAAACAACCACCAAUAGCAUUACCAGAUGCAUCAGUUGUGACAUAAAAUAUUUUGUCUUUAUCAGGUAGUCUUAAUAUUAGUUCAUGACUAAAAACAUCUUUAAUUCUGUCAAUAGCUUUCACACAUUCCUCAUUACAAACUACUUUUUGAGGUUUUCCUUUUUUAAGUAAGUCAUUUAGUGGAUUCACUAUUUCUGCUAAGUUUUUUAUAAACUUUCUGUAAUAAUUUACUAUUCCCAAUAUACUUUUAAUUUGUCUUUUUGUUGUAGGUAUUUCAAUAUUAAGUACUUUCUUUAUGUUAUCUUCAAUAGGGCUAAUCAUGUUGUUAUUUAUUUUAUGUCCUAAGAAAAUUAUUUCCUCCAAUCCUAUUUCUACUUUUUCUGCUUGAAUUGUAAGUCCACUUUCUUUUAUUAUUUUGAAUACUUCUUUUACAUCUACCAAAUGUUCCUCCCAACUAUUAUUAAAAAUACAUAUGUCAUCUAAAUAGCAAAUAACAUUUUCUUUGUUUCCAAUUAUCAUGUUCAUCAUUCUAUUAAAUGUGGCAGGUGCAUUUACUAAUCCAAAACUCAUAUAAUUCCAUUGAAAAAUACCAUAUGGUGUUACAAAUGCUGUGUAAGGUUUUGCAUUUUCUGUUAAAGGUAUUUGCCAAUAACCUUUAGUUAAAUCUAAUUUAGUAAAAAAUUUUGCUCCAUUUAAUUUAUGUAAAAUAUCCUCUAUAUUUGGCAUUGGAUAUGGGUCAAAUUCUGUGAUGUUGUUAAGUUUCCUAUAAUCAAUACAUAACCUUAUAUCUCCAUUCUUCUUUUUGGCUAUCACAAUUGGUGAAGCAUAAGGAGAUGUUGAUGGUUCAAUUAUACCUGAUUCUAGUAAAUUGUCUAUUUCUUUCUUUACUUUGUCUUGUAAAUGUAGCGGUAUUCUAUAUGGCUUAAGCUUGAUAGGUUUUGUGUCUGUUACUUUAAUGUCAUGUUUAAUAAUAUUAGUUUUUCCUGGUAUGCUGGAAAAAAUUUCUUUGUAUUCCUGUAUUAUUUUAGUUAUAUCUUUUGACUUUUCCUUAGUUAAAUUAUUAAGAUUAAUCUUUUGCCAAGUUUGAUUCUCUUUUGUUUCUAUUACAGGUAUUUCCUUAAUAUCAUUUUCAUUAUGAUUUUCAUUUGUUAUUAUCAUCAAGCAUUCUUCUCUUUCUGAAAAUUUAUUUUCUAUUUCCUCCUGAAUGUUUUGUAUCAACUCAUCUUCUCUAUCAUGAUAUAGUUUCAAAUUAUUUAUGUGAUAUGUUUUAACUUUCCCAUUUAUUUCAAUUUGAUAAUUGACAUCACUAAUUUGUUUUAUCACCUUAAAUGGACCUUUCCAUUGUUUACCAAUUUUAUUUUUCAGGUCAUUUAUUAAUAUUAAUACGUUGUUUCCUACUUCUAGUGUUUUCAAUUGUCUUUUCUUAUUUAGAUUCUCAUGAGCACUUUGUUUAUAUUUCUUAUUGUUGUUAUAUGCUUGAGUCCAUAUUUCUUUCAAUUCUGUUGUGAUUGUUGUUUCACUGUCAUUAUUUAAUUUAUUCUCAUUGUCUAUUAGAUUUUCUUUAAAAACAUCUAAUUCAUCUCUGGGUUUUCUUCCAUGUAUUAUUUCAUAUGGUGAAAAUUGUGUUGCUUCAUGGAUGUUGUUUCUAUGAGCAAAUAGUACAUAGUUAAUGUAAUGAUCCCACUUGUUCUGAUUAUUCUGAAUUAUCUUUGUUAGUGAUCUUUUUAAUGAUCCACCAUAUCGUUCACAUAAACCGUUACUCUCCGGGUGGUAAACCGAAGAGUAUAUGUGCUGUAUAUUGUAUUGUUUAGUCCAUUUCUUAAAUUGUUCUGACUUAAACUGAGAUCCCUGAUCACUCAAUAUAAUUUUAGGUAUACCAUGUCUUGUAAUUACUUUUUGAGUUAUGGCAUUAAUGAUAUUUUCUGCACUUGUAUUUGAUAAUGGGAUUGCCUCUGGAUAUCUACUAAACAUGUCUAUUACUGUUAGAAUGUAUUUGUUAUUAUUUUCAGUUUGAAUUAAAGGACCUAUUAAAUCAAUAGAUACUUUCUGAAAUGGUGCUGUAGGUUCAUCCAUUUCUUGAAUAGGUGCUUUAUUCAUUAGACUUUUGUUAGAUCUCUUUUGACAUAUGUCACAUGAGUUUAUGUAUUUGUUGAUUGUUGCUUUCAUUUUGGGCCAAAAUACUUGUUUUGACAAAUUCCUAUAACAUUUCUUUACUCCCCUAUGUGCUGCUAAAUUAUUAUCAUGUGUCAUGAUUAAAACAUCUUUCCAAUAUUUCUGUGGUAAGACAAGUUGUUUUAUUUUCUUGUUAUCAUUACUUGUUUGUCUAAAUAAUAUUUUAUUCUCUAUACAAAAUUUCUCCAUUGGAUUAUUAUUGUUUUUAUCUAAUAUUCUUGAAUAAAUUUUCCCAAUAAUAUUGUCA